AUCUGUUUAUAUUUGUCCGGACAGCUGAUUUGUCACCUCAAAAAUAACCUACAAAUAUUUGGCCCUCGAUUUGGCAUAAGAAUUUUUUUUUCGUAAAGUGUAUCUUUCGGAGGAUAUUACGAGUUAAAUAAAAUGUCUUUAUCUCUGUUAUCUAUCAGAUCUAGACAGUCACGUUUAUUAAAAAUUUCGAAAAAUAUUAUAACACAAAAUAGACUAGCCAGUGCAACCAAACGUGGGGUUAUUUUACCACCACCUGAAAGAACUUCUUUUGGACUUUUUAAGGUAGCUCUAACUGUUAUGGUUGGACUAUUUAUUGGUGCAGGUAUUAGUAAAAAUAUAGCAAACUUCUUAGAAGAAAACGACUUAUUUGUACCUGAAGAUGACGACGAUGAUGAUUAGAAACGUUUAGGAUAUGUUGUAGUGGUUAUUUUAAUUUGUUGCCAAAAGAUUUAAGAAAAUAGGUCAUUAAUUAAUUUAUUUAUGGAUGAAAAAUAUUGUUUAUUUACUCUGAAGUGUAUAUAGGUAUCCCAGAUGCUUUUUUUAAAUAAAAAC